AUGGACGUAGAAAAGGACUUUGAGGUGAGCGUAGAGAAGGACUUAGAGAUUGACGCAGAAUCGAGAAAGAAAAAUACUAGAAAAUACUACAAAAAUCUUGCAAAAAAUCAAAAGAAACGAUGGCGCGCAAGGAAGAAGAAAAGAGAGGAAGAUGGGGUCAAAAGGAGGGAUCAAUUUCAAAGAAACAGAGCGAUGAACGACCAAGGUGAACAGAUGGAGGUUGAGCUAGAAGCUAAGUAUCUAGAACCGACCGUUGUUAUGGAAGUGGAGAAAGAAAAGACAGGAGAAGGAGAAAGUAGUUUAAGUGUUUCCAGAGAAGAACGGGGGAGUCUGCUGGGGAGAGAAGAGAGGAGUCAUCGAAGUCAGUCAAUUCCGCAUGGCCAUCGGUUUAAAGAAAUAAAUAUUUCUGGGCUGGUUAAGAUCGGCAAAUCUGUUGGUGCAGGGACUUUUGGCCAAUGCAAUUUAGCACGGUACAGAGGUAUGGUAGUCGUUGUGAAGGACUAUAUCACAGACAACUUUUCCAGCAAGGAACAGCUAAGACAGGAAGUCCUUCAUGAAGCAAAAGUAAUCUCUCAGCUUGGCGACCAUCGAAACCUCCCUUUACUGUAUGGAAUAUGCACUGUCAAUCUUCCAUACAAGAUGGUUUUACAAUUCCACGGAAUAGGGGAGAAAAGUGUCACACUUUACAAGGCAGUCAAGACAAAGAAAUUGACGAACGAACAGUGGUUUGACAUUGUCAAAGGUGUUGCUGCCGGUUUAAACCACGUGCACGCAAGAGGAUACUUGCAUAAUGAUUUGAAAGUCAACAACGUGGUUAUUGAGAACUCUACAGGCGAGUACCAUAGCGUCAUAAUUGAUUUUGGUAAGAGUUCCAAGAUUUCUGCCAAUUCAAGGAGAAAAAACCUUUCCAAAGAGGAGCAGCUAAAGUACACAGCAAGCUAUCCACACAUUGCGCCUGAAAUUGUAGAUGGCAGCAGCGAUCCCUCCAUUAAGAGUGACGUUUUCUCUUUUGCAAAGCUAUUGCAAUUUGUAGAAAAACACUCAUCUUUUGAAAUAGGUGGACGAGUAGGCUGCAUGGCAUAUAGUGCAGCUCUUCUACAGAAUCCUAAAAUGCGGCCUACACUUAUGCAAAUUAUAAAUUACAAUAAGUAA